AUGUGGGGAAGCAAACUGCUGAUUCUGGUGCUUUGCUUGAACAUCCAGCCCGAAGUGGAGUCCUGCCCCGGGGCGUGUGUAUGCUACAGCGAACCCAAGAUCACCAUCAGCUGCCAGCAGCAGGGCCUGACAGCCAUCCCCAGCGAGAUCCCCGUCCAGAGCCAGCGCAUCUUCCUGCACAACAACAGGAUCACCCUGGUCAGGGCCACCAGCUUCACCUCCUGCCGCAACAUGACCAUCCUCUGGCUCCACUCCAACAACAUCAGCCUGAUCGAGCCCGGGGCCUUCUACGGGCUCAGCAAGCUGGAGGAGUUAGACCUCAGCGACAACACCAACCUGAGAUCUAUCAACCCCGUCACCUUCCGGGGGCUGGUGCACCUCCACACCUUGCAUCUGGAUCGCUGCGGGCUCCUGGAGCUCUCCACGGGGCUCUUCCGGGGGUUGUUCUCCUUGCAGUACCUCUACCUUCAGGACAACAACCUGCAGACCCUGCUGGACGACACCUUCGUCGACCUGGCCAACCUCACCUACCUGUUCCUGCACGGCAACAAGAUCAAGAGCCUGUCGGAGAACGUCUUCCGCGGGCUGGUCAACCUGGACCGCCUGCUGCUGCACCAGAACAGGGUCAGCCUGGUGCACCGCCGCUCCUUCCACGACCUGGGCAAAGUCAUGACCUUGUACCUCUUCAACAACAACCUGACCGUGCUGACGGGGGAGACCAUGGUCCCCCUGGGCUCCCUCCAGUACCUGCGCCUGAACGGCAACCAGUGGGUCUGCGACUGCCAGGCUCGCUCCCUCUGGAACUGGUUCAAGCAGUUCAAGGGCUCCUCCUCGGAGCUGGAGUGCCACCUGCCCCCCCGCCUGGCAGGGAGGGACCUGAAGAAGCUGCAGAGCACCGACCUGGAGGGCUGCGUGGACUCCUUCAACCAGAUCCGCACCAGUGUCUUCAGCACCAAGACCAGGGCCGGCAAGCUGGCCACCGGGGUGCCCCCUCUGGGCUCCCACGACGGCUCCUCCAAGUGCUGCCAGCCGGAGAUGGACAAGUCCUUCAUCUAUGAAGCCAAAGGCAAGGCAGGGCCUUCCUCCCACAGCCACCGGCCCUCCUCCAACAACCCCCUGAAGGACAAGGAGAACAUGUCCAAGCCCAAGCAGCUGGAGGCAGACCCUUCCAAAAACGGCAGCAACAAGCAGAUAAACGAUUCCCCCUUUGGGACUUUCCCCAGCAUGGUGGACCCUCCGCUGACCAAGCUGAGACCGGAAUUCCUAGAGCCCAUCCAACCUUCCACAGUGCCCACCAGGAAGCGGCAGGGCUGCUCCAAAAAGAACAGGUCCAAGGCCCAGUGCCGCCUCACCCAGCCAGGGCACAGCUCCACACUACGGCUCAGCCUCAGCCUUUUGAUCCCCCCCUUGGUGUGGAGCUUGCUCUCCUUCUGCUGA